AUGUUAACAUUAUCAGAAAAAUUUCACGAUCAAAAUAAUCGUAUUCAACAGCAACUUGAUGGGUGGACAUUAUUCGAACAGAUUUUUGCGUCAGUUGAAUUAUCAAAAAAAUUACAUUUACGAUAUCGAUAUUUUCUUGCCCAAUUUUUAUCCUACAGCAAUAAUCAACAAAAUAGUGAUGAUAUGCUUCGCCAUACAGUGGAUCAAGCAAAUGCACCCAUUAUACUUGCUUGUCUCCUAUCGGAUCCGUUAGAUAAAAUAAUUUCAACACUUCAACUUUAUUUACCAUUAGUUUCAUUAACAGCAACUGAUGAAAAAUUACUGGAUUCCUAUCGAAAUGUGUUAAUAUAUUUGGAUUCGAAAUUAAAUAAUCCCUCUAAUUUUUCCUGUUCAGAACAACAACUAAUUGGCGUUUGUCAGCAAAUUCAAUUUUUCAUUCAAACUAAUCCAAGUUUACAAAAGUUUCAAGUUGAUGUACCACAAUUAAAUGCUUUAGUUUCAUCAGCAACAAUAAUUAGUAAAGGAAAUACGGAAGAGAAAUCAUUAUCCUCAUCACCAUUAAUGCCAAUACAUCAUCAACCUUUACAACGUUUUCCAUCGAUUCGACUUCAUCAGCAGACAACACCGCCACCAUCAUCAUUAAUGAACUUUACUUCGGAAGGUUCUCAUAAUUCGCCAUCAAGUCAACAGCUAAUGGGUCAUGUAGCGAGUGAUAGUGGUGUGGAUUUAACGGAACCAAAUAUGAUAAAUCCUGUUCAAAGCAUUUUAACAACUCAUGAUUCGCAACAUCUAUCUAUUGGUCAUUCUCAUUCAGAUAAAUUAACAUUAAUCAGUGGACAGGAUAAUCAAAAUAAUCAUAUAUUUGCUGGUAAAACAACAUCAUCACCAACGCCUGAACAAUCAAUUUCAAAUCAUUCACAACUUACACCCUUAUCAGCUGCAGUCAGUGCACCAUCACAAUCAAUUGGCUCAUAUUAUUCUGAACUUCGCCAUCAAAAUUCUAAUUAUCAACAGCAAAUGAAAUCCGCCUUAACAAUCAGUGAUGAAGAUGAAGAAAUUCCUCAAAUACAACACAAUUUUACGAAAAAUUUCAUGCAAACAAUACCAAAUUCAAUUGAUAACUUUCAUUUAGAUCCUCAAGCGCCAUAUAAUCGCAAUCGUUUACGUCAAUUUUGUUCAUUACGCAAUCGAAAUACAAAACCAUACCCGAAUGCGUCAAGAAACAGCAAUGAACUUGUUUCACCAUAUUUAUGUGUUGAUGGAAAUUUUGGUUCUGUGCCAAAUAAAUUUCUACAACCUAAUAGUGGCAUGCGAGACGUACCUAAAUGGUUGAAAACUCUACGCUUACAUAAAUAUGCUUUUUUCUUUUCACAAAUGACAUAUGACCAAAUGAUGAAUUUAACAUUUGAUCAAUUAAAAGAAGGAAAAAUAACAGACGGCGCAUGCACUAAAAUACUAUUAAAUAUAAAAAAAUUAAAAGAAAGACCAUCAUUACUGCAACAAUGUAUUAUUGAUAUUGAUAAUGGGCAAAUUGAUAUUAAAACAGUUUUACAAAUAUUAAACGAAUUCAUGUUAACACCGAUACAUGUUAAACAGACGGAAAAAAAUAAUGAUGAUACUGAUGACGAAGAUUUACCUAAAUUAAUUAUGCAAGUACUUGAGAAAGUCUAUCAACAAUUAACAUGCAGUAACUCAUCGACAAAUAUUUUAUCUGAAAUGUGCAAUAAUCUUGUUGGUUUAUUCGAUCGUUGCUAUAAACAUGAAGCAUUCUCACCUGAUCAACGUCAUGCAUUAUUACAUUGGCGUGGUCCUCUAUGCAAUAAAUUGCAAACAUCGGGUAAAGUUGAUUAUAAAUCCAUGCAAUCAUCAUCAUCAUCCUUGAAUCGUCGUACACAAUUGAGACCACAAACAAGUAUGGGCAAUGUGAAUACAACACCAUUAACAAGGCCGGUUGUACGAAAUAUCAAAAGUACAGUUUCAUACUAUUCAAAUUAUAAUACGAAUUUUGUGCCAUUAUCACGGCAAUAUAAUUCUGAUAUGUCAAAUCAAAAUGGAACUAGUAAUCAACAAGAUUCGACUUUAAAUCGGCGUCCAAUCAAAUCGCCAACAUUUCUAUUUACGACGAAUACUGAUUCAAAUGACGAUUCAACAGGAUUAACAGAUCAUUUAUCAAUAACAUCAACACCGUCAUUACAAGAACGUUUAAUAAACCACCAAUCAGCACAGUUUAUAACUGAACGUACUGGUAAUGGUACCGGAAAUUUUCGACCAACAUUUAGUUGUGGUAAAUCACCAACACAAAAUAAUAAUGGAGCUUAUUUAGCAACAAAUCAACAUCAAUUAUUAACAAGAAAAAAAAGUUUUGGUCCCUAUGGUGACACUAAUCUUGAUGACAAAACAAAAUUAUGUAAAACAUAUAGUGACCCAAGUAAAAUUCGUUAUUAUAAUCAAAUACCGACAGGAAAUGUUCAAUCAACAACACAUUCACAACUUUCUCCUCAACAAACGUCCUAUAGAGUGACGUCAACACCCUAUUCAUCACAGCAAUAUUUAGCACAUUCACAAAUGAAUAAUGAAUCAUCUAUUCAACAUAAAUUUUCAGACACAAGUUCACCUAUUUACUAUGGUAAUGAUAAUAAUAAUUCAACACAAACAUCAUCAUCAUCAUCAUCAUCAUCAUCAUCAAACGAUAGUCACAGUCAAAAUCUUGCGCAUGAAUAUCAUCAACAACAUAAUACGGCUGAAUUUGAAACACUCUGCCGUCAAAUAACUGAAAGUGCCAUAAAUGAUGAUCCUAAAGAUAUACCAAUUGAUCAUAAAAUUGAUUCUUCAAAUAUGCAAAAUAUACAAUCGCCUUCAAGCAAUUCAGCAGAUACUGAAUAA